GCACUUAUAACUUGCAUUGACAGACAGUUGGGGGGGGAAAGAAUCGCAUGCACAAAAGCCGUGGCAGAGAAGCGUGUAAGGUCGCUCAAGAUGCUGGCGUGUGACUAUACCAACGUGCUCAUCGCCGUGGUGAUGAUUAUGCCCUUCAUCUACGAGUUUAGCCACCGCUUCCGGCUCUACCUCAAAUUUCUCAUCUAUUAUUCCAUGGUGAUGCUGUGCUCUGUGCUCUUCGUGCCCUUCCUCAUCUGGAGGCCAGGAGAUGUCAGGAAUACUUUGAUAGCCACAUUUCCACUGCGUGCGUUGAACCCCUUGCUGGGUUUACACUGGGAGGUGCGUGGCAAAGAGCACAUCAUGAUCGAUCGUCCCAUUAUUGUGGUGGCCAAUCAUCAGAGCUCCAUUGAUUUCUUAGGGAUGGUGUACAUGUGGCCUAUGUUCCACAAGAUCACAGCCAUUGCCAAGAAGGAACUAUUUUAUGCUAUGCCAUUUGGGAUGACAGCUUGGCUGUGUGGUACCCGGUUUAUUGAUCGUAGAAACCCAGACAGUGCCAAGGCCUCGAUGAAUGCAGCCUUGGAUUAUGUCAAGGAAAAUAAGGUUAAAUUAUGGGUGUUUCCCGAGGGUACACGAAGCAUGGGAGAUGAGAUGCUACCGUUUAAGAAAGGUGCUUUUCACUUGGCAAUUGAAGGCCAGAUACCAGUUCUUCCUCUUGUUUACUCUUCAUACCGAGGCUUCCUCAGUCAUCCCUGCAAAGUUUUCAAUCCAGGUCACAUCAUCGUCACAUGCCUGCCUCCAAUUUCUACUAAAGGCUUGACUAAAGAAGACAUGCCACAGCUUAUGGAGAAUGUACGGGCUCAAAUGAUGGAAGUUUAUACAAAAACGUCAACACAAGUACACCAUCCAUGGCCCUUGACGGAAGCAGUCAAGAAAAAUAGCUAAACAAAGUAAGAUUCAUCUUAGCACCUCGACGCCCUUCUCACUAGUCCUCCUCCUUUGUAGCGAGUGGACACACACUCACACACAUACACACACACUCCUUACCACCAGAUUUUAUGGUGGCUGUGCUAUUAAUAUUCCUGUGAAUACUUACUGGAAAUGCCUAAGCCCAUUUAGUCACUGUGUAAAGAAUCGAUUGUUAAAUAUUUGCUGGGAUGGCUGUGGAUGUUGUGGAAAUGUUAAUUUAAAUACCUCUGUGUAUCUUCUCUCUCUUUUUGCCUCUCCUUCCCAUGUCUCUUCAAGUAGAGAGAGAGGUAUUUACACAUUUAAUUUACAAUAAUUUUGUAAUAUAAUUAGAUAACAAAUAUUAUUAUGUCUGUUUAGGCAACCAAAACUUAAGUUUAGUUUUGAACCUUGGAAAUUUUUUUAAGACACUGCAUCCUGCCUUUGCAAGUACACUUGGCAGACUUCUGUUUACUCAAGGUCGUCACCGAAACAAAACUAAACGUGUAAAAAAAAUAAUGUAAGCUUUAUUUUAAAUUGCUAAUUUUUUGUUAGGCAAUUGGAAACUUACAUUAUGCAAAUAAGAACAUUGUUGACAACAGUAAUAUUGGGAGAUAUUUUAUUCAACAGCAAUGUGCAUACAUAAGCUCCAUAUUGAUAUUCAUACUUUGACAAGAGGUUGUGGAUAUUCGUCUCAAAGACGAAGACCGAUGCAAAUGAACAGCCUCUGCAAGUCGAUGCUUUUAUUCUAGGUUAAUGAAUGCACUCCAUUGGUCAUUGAUAGUUGACUGUACCAGAAAAUACAGGUAGAGCAAUUCUUGUAUAACUAAAUGUGUAGUCUUCCAGUUUCCUAUCUUUGUGUCAUUUCUGCAAGUGGCCGGCUUUUCUGUUGCAUUCUGUCGUCUAACAAACUUGUGUGAAGGUGUUUAAUAAGCAAUAUUUACCUGUUGCUGCAACUGCCAGACAUUUUUGCGCGAUUAUUAGUUUCGGUACAUAAUUAUUGUAACUCGCUGAGGUAACUUGCUCUUGUGUAAAUAGUAAUGUCCAUUAUUUAUUAUUUACUAGUUGCUAAAAACAAAAAAGGCAAAAUAACAGAGUUGACACUAGCAUGUUUUUUCACCACCCAUUUUAAAAGAGGAACCUCUGUUAGCAUUGCCUAUUGUUGUAAUAGUAUCUAUAGAGAUAGCUUACUGAACUAGUAGCUCUAAUAUCGGUGGGGAGGAGGAGUGACAAUUGGAACACUUCACUUAAUUGUAGUGGUCAAGAAUAAGUAAACAUUUUUUAUUAAAAUAAACUAGGAUUAAAUUGAAGAAAAACUUUACAAUGCAUGGCACAUCUGACAAUGGCCUAGCUGUUGCCACACACAACUGCAUUGAAUGAAAGUCGUUGAAGCCAUGGGUGAGGGUUUGUCCAGACGGCCUUAGAUACAAAAUUAGAACCUCCACAAAAUGGUAUGGUGGUGUUGCUGCACUGACAGAGAGCCACAUACAUUGUACCUGUAUUUUCCACAUUCGUAGUAAUGUCUGGUCUAUAUUUUUCUGAAUUUCAUGCCACAGUGUUUUUAUACUAGAAAUUCUGAUAGAAGAUCGACUUCAAAGCUUCCAAAAUAUUGAAAACUUGAAGCUAACACAGUAGUUUUGAUCAUAUGAAGAGAUGCAUUAAUUAAAACACUGUAGCAUUUAGUUUUCUUUAGAAACUAUUGGUAACUGUCGUGGAAUUUUUUUUUUAAAGUGUCGGUUCACACAAUUGGCUUUUAUCAUAAUUUAAUGUUAUUGAUGUAUGUGUUAAUUGAGCUUUAAUUACAUAGUUAAUUGUGGAUUUUUUUUUUAAUCUGUUGUAUGGUUCAAGGACUUCAGAAAUUGAUUAUGGUUCUGAAAACCUUGAAAUGAUCUCUCAACAUUUUGCACCACACUUGACCUAACUAUUUAAAAUAUGUUGCAUUCCACAGUGAAACUUAUUGAACUUCAAAUCUGUGUUGCUGUUAUUGUACAAUUCUUAUAAUUUAUUGAAUAUAAUUAUAACUAAAACUGUUAAGUUUAGUUUUUAUUUUAUAGAAAUUUACAAAUGUGUUCUUUCCCUUUACAAACAAUUCAGAUCCCUUUGAUUGGUAAUGACACCCUUUUGCACAAGAUUUUUGCCUCAACAAGUGGGCACUUAUUGUAGUAAUUUAAUACUGUAGCUGUUUAGUGUUGAAGCUGGCAAUUGGACCAAAGAUAUACUCAUGGUAACAAUAAAAGUCAUGUUAAUUAAUAUAAAUGUACUGAUAAAUGGAAGCGAACAUAUAGUCAUCUCGAUACAGUACUGUUGUAGGGAACCAAAGUGUUUGCUUUGCGAGAGUUGAAACGGUGCGCUGCUUUCGUGACUCUUGACGUUUCUUAUGAGAGAUGGCCAUCUGUAUGUGGUAGUAAAGUUAUUUAGUAUUUAAGUCAUUACCAGAGUUAGCAGAUCCCAGCAUAUAUUUUGUUUUAUUUAUUUUUUAAUUAAUGUAUUACUUAAUCAUAUUCAGUACUGAACUUUAUCAUAAUGGAUAUAUAUAUAUAUAUAUAUAUAUAUAUAUAUAUAUAUGUAUAUAUAUAUAUAUCAUAAUGAAUUUCAUAUAUAGAGAAAUGUGUUGGCUUGCUAGAAGCCUGAUGUGUAAUGUUAUAAUUUAUAUAGUGAGUAGGUAGAUGCCUUAGCAGUUAUUAAUAAUUUCCCACUGUGUGGGAGGCCUCUUAAAUGUCCCUCGAUUUGGAGUUUAUUAUGUUUUCACACUCGGUUGCAAUAAUAAGGCAUUCACGGGUGGCAGUGUAAGGCAGAAUGCGAUGCUGAAAAAGGUCUCGCUUCCUCAAGUGUGAGGUUAUUCCCCCGGGCAAAUCUGGGUAAGUGACGUUAAAAUAUUGAUUUAAAUGUUACACGGGCAUGUUUUUUCCAUUGGGAAUAGUAGUGUAACAAACCCCGUAAGAGUAGCUUUACAAUUCCGCCAUUGAUUAAGCAAGGGCAAAACCUUUUAUUCUUUGAAGCAAGAAUAAAUACAUCGAAGGUAAUCCUCGGUAAAGGAACCCUGCUCAAAUUGGCCGAUUAUUAGUUAAAUCCCAAAGUUAGGAAGGCGUGAAGAAGCCUCAUUAUUAUAGACCCGAAACAGUCGCUCUGCGCGAGAUCCAUCAUUACCAGAAGAGCACUGGACUGCUCAUCGGGUAACUUGCCUUCCAGCAUCUCUUGUGCGAGAUUGCUUGGGACUUAGAUUAAUCUUUGCUUCCAGUCGUCUGUUAUGGCUUUAUAGGAAGCAUCUAUGGUUUAUCUGGUAGGUUUCUUAUUGGAGGUUGUGUUUGUGUAGCUGGUUGUUACUUCAGUGAAGGAGGGUCUUGUACGCUUUGCCACCCUGCCCGAGAUGCCGCUACUAUUAAAAGUUUGCAAACAAUGUUUUCAGUUUGUUACAGCAUUUCUUUUAAUAUCCAAGUUAGCAGUAUCACACUUGAAUGCAGUACAGGUAUUUGAAAUGUGCACAAAUUUUUCUUGAAAGGUAUUUCCUUAAAGUUUUCUGGUUAUUUGUAGUAUGGCUACUUAAAUGGGCAAGUGUGUGUGAAUCAAGGUGGAUUAUUUAAAUGUGAUUUUAUUUAGAAUUUAUUUAGUGUAGUAUAAAAAAAGUCAAGGUGCCUACACAAGUUACUUUAUGUUGGCAUUUUAUGCUGAAGCGUCUUCAAAAAUACCAUUGAGUACUUAGAGAUGGUCAGUUUUUUUUUUUUUUUUUUUGUCAACUUUAUUUUAAAUAAAACUUCAUACUAACAAUCUUUGUGAAUGUUCGUUUCUGCAUUUUGGACACAGCAGCUGCUUGUAAGAUUUGUAUACCUUAUGAAAAAAUAAUCCAUUUUUACAUAGUUAAUGUUCUCUUACAACUAAAUAUUGCUCUCACCAUACAAAAUAUUUAUUCUGGCUAAAAAAAAGGGGGGGGAGGGCAUUAAUUCAUAAUCCAAUCUGCUUUUAUAUAUAAUUGCUGGUUAGUGCCAUAGUUCGUAUUGAAUGUGUGCAUGAGGUGGUUCUUUUUUGGGGGGGGAGGGGGGGCAUCGUAAUGUGUACAGUAUUUGUAAACAUGUAUCGUUUGCGAGUCCAUUGACGUACAUUAUGUAGGAGGGAUGAACGUGUUUGCGAGCAUGACGAUACGGUUGGUGAACAUACAUGUUUGCUAUAGUUUAAUUUCUGUAUCGGUUGUGCACUAAACUACAGGGUAGUGGUACGUUGCGAUUCUCCUGUACCAAUGUGAAUUAUUACUCGGCAUGUUGUUAGUUGAAUGUAUGGUAUCUGUAGUGGAACAUUACUGUUAAAGCACAAUUAGGGAUUAGUACUACCGUUAAAAACUUCAUAUAUUUAGAUAAUUUAUACAAUGGAUAAAAAGCUCAAAAAUGAGUUAAAGUAAUUACAUUUGAGGAGGUUUGCCAGUUGGCAAUCGUGAUGGUGUAGUGUUCUUAUGCCAAAUGCUGUUAUUCUGGCCUCCGCAUACAAUUUUCUCUGUCUAAAUCUGACUGGUUUGUUCUUUCAGAAAAUGUCUGCUUUGCUACUUAAUAUACCAUAAUGCUUGCAAUAAACUCCUUUAUUCUUGUUCUGUUAUCAAUUGGAAGUAUUAUUUUGUAUUAAUUAAAAUUGAAUGCCAAUCUUCACUGUUGAGUAUGGAACAAUUUAAUGACAUUAUUCAGGUGGUUUAUAAAUUAUAAUGGGCAUUCUUUUUUGUUGGUUAUUCUUAAGAUGUGUCUAAGAGAGCAGUAAAAUAAACCAUCUAGAGUCUCUAGUGUUUUGGUACACAUGAAAGAGUUCACUGAUACUAGAGGUACUAGCCUCUACUAGGCGAUUACUUGUGGCUCGACAAGUUCUCCAUCUUGGAGCUCGUUGCAAGUUUGUCUGCUGGGUUCCUGCACUUUCCGGUCCUGCUGUGGUUGUACUGGUUGUUCCAUAUUUCUAGGAUUUAUAGUAAAUUGCAUGACAAGUUUACUUGGCCUGUAUUCCAAUGAGAAUCGAGUAAAGUCAGGGUUCAUGUGCAUUAGACGACCGAGAAGUCAUGAAUGGAAAUGACACUUGCGAGUCUUAGGGAUGUAAGAAGUUUCUGUAGCCUGGGUGUACUGUAGUUAGAAAAUGGAAAGAGCUAGAGUAGGCAGUAAAAGGCAAAUUUUUUUUAUUUGGAUUGUAUGUGGAUAUGAUAGAAAUUUAUAGUACUGUACUAGUUUGGCAGCCAUUGCUUUAAACUACGUAUAACGGAAUAUUGGGGGUAACAAAGAGUCGCCAAUGUAAUUACAACCAAAGAAUCAAGAAGUAACUGCUUUUCAAAACUGAAAUGGCCUUCAAGAAUAUGCACUGGGUAUGUUAAACAAAUUGAAAAGCCAUACGAAUGGGAAGUUAUGAUUUUGUGAAGCAUCGGAAGAUUACUUUAAAAGUUCAGAGGUUUGCAACAAGGUUGGUUCCUGAAAUGGAAUUAAUACAUGACAGUAAAGCUUAAUUUAAUUAACUAUCAAAGGGGAGGAGAUAUGUUGACUGCGUACAAAAUGAGGGUAAUGGACAAAAUGGAUAGACGUUUCCAAGCAAGAUAAGUGAAUACUGUAUUGAUAAAAGUUAGAAAUGGAAGAGGCCAAUCUAUAUUGAAUGGAAAUGGCCAAGUAGAAUGCCAUGAAGUUGCUCACAGGAGUCAUCUCUUCUAGUUUUAAGAGAAAAUGUGAAAGAUUUUAAAAAUUAAAGUAUCAAUACUGUACUUAGAAGGCAAAUCUUUAGGAGCCAAAUCUUGCUUCCUGUACACACUUGAUAAGUAAGCACUGGUAGAUAAAAGGACAAAACCUGCACAUGGUUGAGGCUGCUUCCAUUUGCAGCUUAGAGCCACUACAGGGUACUAGAAUAUUGGGAGGCAUGAAUGUACUGGACCUUGCUUCCUAUAGACAUUUUUAAGUAAGCCUAAAUAGUUAUACGUACGUAUAUAUUACAUAAAUACAUAAUUAUGCCAUUUUUGUAAUUUCAUGGAUGGGGAGACACCCACCAGGAGGGAAAACAAAAAAGGUGAACUAAAUGUUAGAUAUUUAACGUUAAAAAUAUCACUAGUUCAUUUUGCCACUCAUAAUGAUGUAUAGCAUCAUAAAUAAGCAGGACCUUCACACUCCAGCAAUAAUCCACAGCAUCCCACUGCUGUUUAAGACCAGGUGCUUAGUUCUUGUAAAUUGUUAUAUACACCAUAAAAAACAAGAUGAUGAAGAUGAACAAAUGGUGAAUAUUUGGCAUUUUUAACAGGUAAAGAACUAUGCUCUAAUGUCAUGUAUCUACUGUGAACUAGUAACUACAGUGUGUGUAUAUUCAAUAGAGGAUAACCAUGAAAACACUGUUUAAUUCAAAGUUAAAUUUUGUGAGUGCAGGAAGUGUAGGAGGCUGCUGCUUGAUAAGAAUAAUGAUUUUCUGAACACAUCUCAGGGUGUUCUUUCGUGUUCAGGUUUGGUAAAUAUUUAUAAAGGUGCGCUUUUCAAAAUUAGAAUUACUUGUAUAGAUUUCUAGACUCCUUAAAAUUUUGACUUGUGUACUAUAGUGUGAUAAGGCUGACACUUGGGGGAAAACUUGGAACUGUUCCUCGUGGCUGUUUAAUUAUUUUAAAGUAAAACUGAACAUGAUUAUUUUAACAGAAUGCCACAUUGUUAAUACUGACUUUCUGACUUUAAGGAAAAGGUAGUUAUUCAACUGUAUAUAUCGCUUGUGCAGCCCCAGUUUGGACUAUUGUUUCAAAGCAUGGAGACCCUAUCUUGAGGAGGAUAUAGCUACUUUGAAGAAAGCUAAAAAUUAUCACAUAAGUGGAGUCAACUCUGAUAAUGGUAGAGGGCUAUAGGGCUAACACUGCAAACCAGACAGGGCAGGGCUGAUCUCAUCGAAACUUUUAAAAUACUGAACACUUUGGAGGAUCUUAACCCAGACCAUUUCUUUAAAAGGUCAAAUGUAACACAAUGAACAAUGGCUUCAAGCUCAAAAAACAAUGAAAUAAGAUGUUUUUUCAUCCAUACAGUUAAAACUGUAUGGAUGAAAAACCGCCUACUUGCCUUAGCCGUAAAUGUCAAGACGUUGCUGCAGUUUAAAAUCCAGCUGGAUAAAAUAAUGCAGGAAAAAUGGUGACAAACUACCUGCUUCCUGUUCUUGUUGAAGCCACUAGACAGAUGGUGGCCCUCGGUAAAUUCACCUAAAUAUUACCUUGCAAUAUUAUUUUUUUCCUUACCAUAUUUGUUUUUCAUGUGUUGAUUUAACAUCACUACAAGCAGUUGAUAAUAUUGAAUUGACUAGUCCAUGCAAUUUCUCAGUUUGUUGUGCUUACACGCUGCUGUUUGGUAAUACAGGGGUACUUUGGUUAAAGAGUUUAAUGUGUUCCUGGAGACAGCUCGUGACCUGAAAACUCGUAAACUGAAGCUAAUUUUCCCAUAUGAAAUAAUGGGAAAUGAAUUAAUCCGUUCCUGACUAUCCAAAAACCUCACUUCAAACUAAAUUUUAUACCUAAUUCAUCCAAAUCUACGCUACAAAAGUAUGUUCAAGUUAUUACUGUACUUACCCUUGCUGAUGACUCCUGUUGGCGUAUGGAAGAUGGUGAGGAGGUGGGAGGAGAGGUGUUACUGUUUGGAAGGGGAGUCCCCUUCCAUUAUAACAUGAGGCAGUGAAGAUUUUUCUGGAAUGCGCACUCUGGCAUGUUUUACCUGCAUACCACUAGGUCCUGGUUGUGGCUCAAUGCUUGAUUUUUUCACUUUCCUCACAAGUAAACGUUUCAUUGAAUAUUGUUUUUCCCUUCUUUGCAACACUUGUCUGUAGUGAGGCAUCAUAUUGUCAUUAAAAAGAUCGAUGCAAUGGCCUAUUACAGCUUUAUUUGGGUGAUUCUUUUCAAUAAAACUUUGCAGUUCUUCCCAUACUGCACACAUUUUCUUAAUUAAUGAGGAAGGGACAUUCUCUACUGCCUCCUUUUUCGCCCCCUGAAGAUUUGUUGUACUACCUAGCUAGUUCAACAACAUGAGUACCAUUUUCAUGCUUCCGAAUGAUCUCUUGUUUUUCCUUUGUCAUCCUCGCAUGCGAUUUCUUGCCUGAACCUUACCACUGGCUUUCUUGGGACCCAUGGCGAGAUAUAUAAUAACAACUUUUAUGCUCAAGUGGCCAAGUAUCUGACAAAAAACUGUAAAUCCUUGUGAAGAAUUCAGGCGAGAUAGUCACUGGGCGUGAGGCACUGUUAAACUGAGGCGCGAUCGUCGUGCCACCACGUGCUAGGUUGGCUCGUACACGUAUCAACAAACUCGUUACCCAAUGCAAUGCUCGUAUCCCGAUGCAAAUUUUCUGAACAAAUUGGGCUCGUAACCCGAAAAACAGGGAUGCUCGUAACCCGGGGUUCCACUGUACAGUAUUAAUAUUUUGCCUGAUAAAUUUAUUUUUAAUUUUUUCCCCAAAUACUGUAAUAUUUAUUAAUGCAUGAAGUAGUACAUCACUGAUGCACAACAUUUGUUCUUACUGUGUAUCUUGGCUGUAUGUGGUGUGAAGGUAAAGAAUUAUCACCGUAGGUCUUUGUAAUAUGGUACUAUACAGUAUUGUGGUGAGGGCAAAUCUACAGAUAUUAUUUGCUCUUGAGUGCCCUGCAUUUUGUAUUGUACAGUAUAUGAACAAGUAUAAUUAUUAAAUUAAUAACAUUGUU